GCCGCCGUCUCCCAUGUCGGCUCCUUUCGAGGAGCGGAGCGGGGUGGUGCCCUGCGGGACGCCCUGGGGCCGCUGGUAUCAGACCUUGGAGGAGGUGUUCAUCGAGGUGCAGGUGCCGCCGGGCACCCGGGCUAAGGAGGUCCGCUGCAGCCUGGAGAGCCGGCACAUCGCGCUCUCCGUGCGGGGCCAGGAGGUGCUGCAGGGCAAACUUUUUGACUCUACAAUAACUGAUGAAGGAACAUGGACAUUAGAAGACAGGAAGCUGAUACGAAUUGUUCUAAUGAAGACAAAUCGAGAUGCUGGAAAUUGUUGGACAUCUCUGUUAGAAAAUGAAUAUGCCGCUGAUCCUUGGGUACAGGACCAGAUGCAAAGGAAACUUACACUGGAGCGAUUCCAAAGAGAGAACCCUGGAUUUGACUUCAGCGGUGCAGAAAUUUCUGGAAAUUACAGCAAAGGAGGACCAGAUUUUUCUAGUCUUGAAAAGUAAACUGUUUUUAUCUGUGUUCCUUGAGAGGAAUUACACAUUACACUUAAGGACUGGAAUCAUGUAGCUGGUGAAGACUUCAGUGAUCUCUUCAACAGAUUGUCGACAAGUAAUUACUUCAGUGAAGAGAAAGAAGAUCUCUUCCAGUAGAAUGAAGACAAAGCAUUCCCAGCUGAUUUAUAAGCUGUGAUAACUUUCUAAUACUAAGGGACAAACUAUAGAGAAAGGUGUACACAAAAAAGUAACAUCUUUAAGCAGAAUGUUGGGUUGGGGUUGUUUUUUGUUUUUAGAAACACCAUAGUAAACUAGUCAGUUAUAAAUAUACCACUUUAUGCAAGACUAUAUUAUUCACGGUUGAAGAACAGAUGUUAUAAGCAAGAUAUUAAAUAUUUUAUCUUAACUUGCAACAGGAAGGAUAUUAGGAUGGCUACAGUUACAUUUUCCCUCUGAGAACUCUAAAAAAAGUGAUUCAAAUAAAGAAACUGCUGCAUCUUGCCUCAAAUAAGGUUUUACAAUCUACUGUGCUGUCAAACACAGUACUAAUGAUUAAUACUUGCUACCAGGUAAGCGAUACUAAAAAACUGAAAGGGCAGGUGAAAGUCUGGUUAUA